UUGAGCGCGAGUUCGAUAACAUCGGGCGAGUUGAGGCUGAGCGCCGGUGAGAGACUUGCGCUAUGGAGGAGGACAUUCUCACCACGCUCAAGAUUCUCAUCAUCGGAGAGAGCGGCGUUGGCAAGUCCAGCCUGCUCUUGAGGUUUACGGAUGACACGUUUGACCCCGAGCUGGCUGCGACGAUCGGUGUUGAUUUUAAAGUGAAGACAAUCGCUGUGGAUGGAAACAAAGCAAAGCUCGCUAUUUGGGACACGGCUGGCCAAGAGCGCUUUCGCACCCUGACGCCGAGCUACUACAGAGGAGCGCAGGGGGUGAUUCUCGUGUACGAUGUGACCAAGCGAGACACCUUCUUGAAGCUGGAGAACUGGCUGAGCGAGCUUGAGACGUACACCACACGCAGCGACAUCGUCAAGAUGCUGGUGGGAAACAAAAUUGACAAGGAUGGGAGAGUUCUGGAUCGGACAGAAGGUUUGAAGUUUGCCAGGAAACAUUCCAUGCUGUUCAUCGAGGCGAGCGCUAAGACGCGAGACGGAGUGCAGUGCGCCUUCGAAGAGCUGGUGGAAAAGAUCAUCCAGACGCCCGGCCUGUGGGAGAGCAAGGGUCAGGGCCAAAGCCGCUCCGGCGUGCAGCGGAGAGACGAGGCGACGCCGGGCGCCGGGAGCUGUGGGGGCUACUGCUCCCUCGCCUGA